GGCGCCGCUCGGCCGCCUCGCAGGGGUCCUGGCCGGGCGCGGAAGCCCUUUGCCGUACGGCAUGGCGGCGCUGUGGCGGCGCGGGGAGCGCUUCCUGGGGCUGCCGGGGCCGCGCCGUACGGCGCGAGCUCUCUCAGGAAAGAAGGAGUAUGACCUGCUGGUCAUCGGUGGUGGGUCUGGAGGCCUUGCUUGUGCAAAAGAAGCUGCUCAGUUUGGCAAGAAUGUGGCUGUUUUGGAUUACGUCGAACCUUCUCCACGAGGAACCAAGUGGGGACUUGGUGGAACUUGUGUAAACGUUGGCUGCAUUCCUAAAAAGCUUAUGCAUCAGGCAGCCCUUUUAGGGGGAGCUCUUAAAGAUGCCCAGCACUAUGGCUGGAGUGUGGCCCACCCAGUUCAUCACAGCUGGUCUGUGAUGGCUCAAGCUGUUCAGAAUUAUGUGAAAUCCCUGAACUGGGGACACAGAGUGCAGCUACAAGACAAAAAGGUGAAAUAUUUCAACAUGAAAGGAAGUUUUUUGGAUUCCCAUACAGUCUGUGGUUUAGCAAAAGGAGGUAAAAAGACUACUCUUACUGCUGAAAACAUUGUCAUUGCUACUGGAGGAAGACCCAAAUAUCCCACGCAUAUUACGGGCGCACUGGAGUAUGGAAUCACAAGUGAUGAUCUAUUCUGGUUAAAAGAGUCUCCUGGAAAAACGUUGGUUGUUGGAGCCAGUUAUGUUUCUCUUGAAUGUGCUGGUUUUCUAACUGGUAUUGGGUUGGACACUGCAGUCAUGAUGAGAAGUAUCCCACUUCGUGGGUUUGAUCAGCAAAUGGCAUCUUUAGUAACUGAGCACAUGGAAUCUUAUGGCACAAAAUUUUUAAAGAAAUGUGUCCCAACUAAAGUUGAAAAACUGGGAAGCAGCAAGUUACAAGUCACCUGGAAAAAUACUGACUUGGGCACAGAAGAAACGGAUUCCUUUGACACAGUGAUGUGGGCAGUAGGCCGGGUCCCUGACACUGGAACUCUCAAUUUGGAGACUGCUGGAGUGAAAACUAAUUCUGAAACUGGAAAGAUCAUUGUUGAUGCCAGUGAAGCUACUUCUGUUCCUCACAUUUAUGCAAUCGGAGACAUAACAGAGGGCCGUCCUGAGCUGACACCCACAGCAAUAGCUGCAGGGAAGCUGCUGGCCCGGCGUCUUUUUGGCCACUCUUCAGAACUGAUGGACUAUGACAGCGUACCUACUACAGUUUUCACUCCCUUGGAAUAUGGUUGUGUUGGACUGUCAGAAGAAAAGGCUGUGCAGUGUUAUGGGUCAGAUAAUAUUGAGGUAUUCCAUGCUUAUUAUAAACCUCUGGAGUUCACAGUGGCUGAAAGAGAUGCAGCUCAGUGUUAUAUGAAAAUGGUGUGCUUACGAGAGAGAGAGCAACGAAUCCUCGGCCUUCAUUUCAUUGGACCAAAUGCUGGGGAAGUUAUUCAAGGAUUUGCUCUUGGAAUCAAGUGUGGUGCUACGUACCCUCAGCUAAUGAAGACGAUUGGCAUUCACCCUACCUGCGCUGAGGAAAUUACCAAGCUGCAUAUUACAAAACGUUCCGGCCUGGAUGCAACAGUAACAGGAUGCUGAGGUUAAAUGCCAUCCCUGGAAAGGAGGAAAAAAAGCACAAAACAUGUCUGAAAAGGAAAGGGGCAAUUGGAGUUGAAAUAGCUUUGAUAGUUUGAGUUCCAGGAGCCUUUCUCGUUCCCUCUGUACUUUUGCAAUUCAGGCUGUAACAAAUCCCUCUCUGUGAAAGUGCAAACAGCUCCUUUUCUUCCUGGGAGCUUUAUGUACAAAAAUAUAUAAAAAGUCACCAACAUCUUAGGCCCUCUUAAACUCAAAUAGUUGCCAUUUGAGUUUCUGUGUUGGCAUUGUUGGCUGUCAUCAGAAGUGCCUUGCAGUGUUUUCAUACAGAUAGCAGGCAUCAGGCAGAGCUUUCCUUAGAAUUUUAAUUUUGGUGUGGUGCUUUCUGUUAAGUGCUUGGAUGGUUCAUUCCCAGCCCUAAUACUGAACAUUCAGACUUUGUGCUUGUAGAGGCAGGUUCCCAUAAGAUCCCUAAUAGCUACGCAGUCACCCCUUUUUUUCCUUUUUUUUUUUUUAGUAUAAUAUGUAAUUAUCUGCAAUUUUAUUUUAUUUUAUUUUAUUUUUAGUAUUGACCAAAGCAGUAAUUAACCUAUUGAAAGUUUGUACUAGUUUUCCUUCUGUCCACAAGGGGGAGAUGCUGGCUAAUUUGUGGCAAUGAAGAAUCGUUAGAAAUCUGAUGUUUAAACUUCUUUUGCAGAAUAAGUUAAAUAUGUGUAAGGAGCCUGACAAAGGCACAAUACAAAGCACACAGAAUUUCAAGCCAAGUUGCAGUUGCCAACGUUUUGAUGUGCAUGGUCACUUAAUUUCUUGCAGCCUUUACAGUAGAAUUGUAUUUGUAGAAAAGGGAGAGAUCAACUUCAGGUAAAACAAAAUGUAUCCUUUUUGCAAUUAAUCUGUGUAAGUGUUUUUGCAUGUGUAAUUUGAUAUUUGCAUAGCUGCCCUAUGUUCUCUUGUUACACGUUUUAGAAGAGUAGUCUGAUGAUCCUCUAUAUCUUUUGUUAUUGGUUUUUUUUCUGACUUUUGCUACCGCAGCCUGCAACAUGGACAAAGAUAGGUUUAUUUCAAAUAUGAAGUGUUUCCUUAUCAUGAGAAUUGUACCUGUCAGAGAAACUAUUAGGCAAAAAUCGAUCAGAUUUGGUAAAAUAUUCAGUAUUGAUUACACUGUUGUUUACACUUGAAUAUUCUGGUUUUCAGAAUUUGUUCUGGCUUUAAAAACAGCAAAAGAAAUACCAAAUCCUUUCUCUUCAAAGUUUACUGAUGUUUCUGAUCCAUGAAAUAAGAGGUGAUGCAGUUUCACUGAAGGCAUUAUUCCCUUUCAGAUCUGCUGAUGUAAUUCUUCAUCUGCAAAACCAUGAUAACCUUGUAUAGAAAUACUUUGAGUGGUAACGCAGUCAGAAAACUGCCUGAAAAUUGCAACCUCCUUUAUAGGAGAUGGUAUCAAAAUUGUGUAUCUGCACGUGAAUGCAUAUAUACCUGCACCUUCAGAAAUUUCUACUUCCUUUCAUAGAGGCCCAGUGGAAAUGAUACAGCCAAAAACCUAAUCGUUUUUCCCAGCUGUGAAAGUAUUUGCAGUAUUUGCAGUAAAUUAGCUUUUUUAAAGAUAUUUUUACUUAGUGUUUCAAAACACUGCGAUGCAGAGCAGGUCUCUGUCUGCAGAGAUUUUGCUGAGAAACAUCCCGCCUCUGACUGGACCGUAAUGUGAUGUGCGACAUCUUUUUUCCAGUAAUUACUUAUUGCAGUUCAUUUUGCUCCCCUGAGUGAAAACGUCAGAGUUCACUCGUAUGAAAGGGCUUCUCUCCUCUUUCAUAGUAAUGCAUCCAGCAGACUGAAUUGUCUGUUUCUCCAGAGUGAUCAAUGGAAAGUUUAGUUAAUUUCAUUCAUUGUAAGGUUGAAAAUUAUUUGGGACAGCCAGUGAAGAGAUCUCAAGGAAACGUGUUCUCAAUAUAUUCAGUGUUUGAAACUGAGGCCUGUAAGCAUCCUUCAAAUAAUAGAAGUCUUUUGGUUUUACAGUUGUUAUGUGGAAAAUGGAUCCUGUAUUAUGUAGUGCUGCCUAUUUCUACUCCACAUUUAAUGGACAGCGUUGCCACCUGAAGUAGAACUAAAUGUUUAUUCACACCUACAUAAACCUGAUGUCAGAUAGAAUAAGGAAAGUAAUGUGAUUUGUGCUUUUUUUCCUGAAAGAUUCUUUACGUAACUUUCUGGGAUGGUCCUUAAGCACUGUUUUUCAAAGCCUGACCGAUGUCAGUUGAGAUGGGCUGAUCUAUGCCACAAACCACUGAUUGUGUGUGAAAGUCAAACAUAAUUCUGGGUUUUUUUUCAGGAUUCCAGCUGAUGAUGGCUUGUUUGUCAAACCACACCAUGGCGCAGACAAGUCUGAGCCUUGCUGGGUCCCUCAUGUAUUACCUGAUAUUUAUUGUGUUGUGAAUUAACAAAUUAAUAAAGAAUGUACUUUUUU